AUGGCGUUGGACAAGAGCCGCAUUUCGAUUCUCAGCUCCACCAAGGUGGAUGGCGACAAGCUCAGCAGCGUAGGGGACACAAUGGAUUCCUUGAUCCCCGCUAGUCGUCGGCUGCAGCUUGAGCGGGAGAAGUGCUGCCCUCUCUGCUGUGUCGCGUACGGUGUCCUCGUCUCCAGCGUCGCCGUCUUCUGCAUCGCGUCAUUCGGCACCGCAGUAUCCAUCUUUGCGGAAUCGCGCAUCAACUACACGGUGAAUGGUGCGAUGCGGCAGACUGCAUGGAUCGCUUUCCCUGGUAUUCUGGCAGGUGCGACGCUGCACUACUUCAUGGCGGAGGCCAUGUGGAGCAGCAAGCAUAACUCCUGGGGUCAAGCAUGGACAAAGGCGAUUAUUGCGAACACGGGACUCUGGGCCGGGGCAAUCUGCAUCGGCACUCUCGGAUGGCGAAAGGGGCUGCCACUCACUUCGGCAGGCCGUCGCCUCUAUCACCGCUACCCAAUCCCCUCUGAUCCGCUGGAGGCACGAUUGCUGCGCUCCAGUCGUGAGUUCUUUACCGGAAUGGGCGCCACGUACUGGCUGAGCGGGGUGGCGAGCGGCCACCUAGGCUUCGUUACGUGUGUUUCCUUUUGCGUGUCAGCGAAUCGGCCGUACUUCAUGAUGGCACCUCAUGGGGGAUAUGCGUACCGGUGUAUGCCGCCGUGGCGACGACAGCAACUCCAGGCGAUGGCACUGGGCAGUGCCUCGAUGGACCAGCCUACCAAGCCACCGCCGCAGGAGCAAGCACAGAAGCAGCCGUCCAUCAAAUGA